CUCAUUCAGAAGUCUGCUGUGAACCUACUAGAACUUAAAGAAGACCACAGCAACUUUAGUGAAACGCUAUCACGAAACAGGAAUUUGUGCAGAAAUGGGCAAGGAGAGAAUGUGCUCACAGUGUGGGAAGACAUUUUCUACGCAAAGUAGUCUAAAAAAACACCAGCACAUUCACACAGGAGAGAAACCUUAUUCCUGCUCUCAAUGUGGGAACAGUUUCACCCAACAGUCUACUCUCAAAAACCACCAGCGCAUUCACACAGGAGAGAAACCUUAUUCCUGCACACUGUGUGGAAAGAAUUUUACACAGCAGAGUAAUUUUAACACACACCAGCGUUUUCACACAGGAGAGAAGCCACACCACUGCACACAGUGUGGAAAGACUUUCGCACACAAGCGUUAUCUCCCAGUGCACAUGCGCAUUCACACUGGAGAAAAGCCACAUCACUGCUCAGAUUGUGGGAAGAGUUUUACAGCAAUAGAGACUUUAAUAAGACACCAGCGCAUUCACUUGGGAUUAAGGUUGUAUAAGUGCUCAGCGUGUGAAAAGAGUUUUACUCAGAUAACUAAUCUCAGAAGACAUGAGCGAUGUCACAGAGGAGAGAAGCCUUACUGCUGCACAGACUGUGGGAAGAGUUUUGCAUGUCAAGACGAUUUAAAAAAACAUGAGCGCAUUCACACAGGAGUGAAACCGUAUCAGUGCUCCGUCUGUGGCAAGGGUUUUACAAGUUCAAGUGCUUUAAAAGUGCAUCAACGCGCUCACACAGGAGAGAAGCCAUAUCAGUGCUCGGAGUGUAAAACAUUUUUUUCUCAGAGUGGUAAUCUCAAAAAGCAUGAGCGCAUCCACACCGGAGAGAAGCCUUAUGACUGCUCACACUGUGGGAAGAAUUUCACAUAUUUAGAUAGUUUGAAAAGACACCAGGUUAUUCACAACUGCUGGGUGAAACUCUUCCCACAUUGUGAGCAGGAAUAUGGUUUCUCUCCUUCUGCUGUGAACUUACUGGAAUUUAAGAAGGCCACUGGAACUUUAGGAAAAAACACCUUCACUAAACAUAGCAAAAAAGGAAUUUGUGCAGAAAUGGGCAAGGAGAGAAUUCACAUGUGCUCACAGUGUGGAAAGACUUUUUCUACGCAAAGUAAUCUAAAAAAACACCAGCGCAUUCACACGGGAGAGAAACCUUAUUCCUGUUCACGAUGUGGGAAAAGUUUCACCCAGCAGUCUGCUCUCAAAAACCACCAGCGCAUUCACACAGGAGAGAAACCUUAUUCCUGCACACUGUGUGGAAAGAGUUUUACACAGCGGAGUAAUUUCAACACACACCAGCGUUUUCACACAGGAGAGAAGCCACACCACUGCUCACAGUGUGGAAAGACUUUCGCACACAAGCAUGAUCUCCAAGUGCACAUGCGCAUUCACACCGGAGAAAAGCCACAUCGCUGUUCAGAUUGUGGGAAGAGUUUUACAGCAAUAGAGACUUUAAUAAGACACCAGCGCAUUCACUUGGGAUUAAGGUUGUAUAAGUGCUCAGUGUGUGAAAAGAGUUUUACUCAGAUUACUAAUCUCAGAAGACAUGAGCGCAGUCACAGAGGAGAGAAGCCUUACUGCUGCACAGACUGUGGGAAGAGUUUUGCAGGUCAAGGCGAUUUUAAAAAACAUGAGCGCAUUCACACAGGAGUGAAACCGUAUUUCUGCACACAGUGUGAAAAGAGUUUUACCCAGCAAAGUCAUUUUAUCACACACCAGCGCCAUCACACUGGUGUGAAACCGUAUCAGUGCUCAGUCUGUGACAAGGGUUUUACAAAUUCAAGUGCUUUAAAAGUGCACCAACGCGCUCACACAGGAGAGAAGCCAUAUCAGUGCUCAGAGUGUAAAAAAAGUUUUUCUCAGAGUUGCAAUCUCAAAAAGCAUGAGCGCAUCCACACAGGAGAGAGGCCUUAUUGCUGCUCUGAGUGUGGGAAGAGUUUUACAUAUACAGCUGUUUUAAAAACUCACCAGCGCAUUCACACAGGAGAGAAGCCUUAUAACUGCUCACACUGUGGGAAGAAUUUCACAUAUUUAGCUGGUUUGAAAAGACACCAGAUUAUUCACAAUACAGAGGAACAUAUUUCUGCAGAUGGUAAACACCACCGUCACCUACUACAGAUAGAAAUUUCUGCUGCAGCAUAUUGAAAGACGGUUCCUUUUUUUUCCAUUCUUCUUUUUCUACU